GAGCGGAAAAGCUGCUUUGUGGCGGAAAAACAAUAAGAAGUAUAAUCAAAAAUAAACAAAGAGGGGAAGGAACAAUAAGAUAUACAACAUAGUAGUAACUAAAAGGAGCAGCACGCAUACAUACACAGCAAAUUUAAGAAUUUUUUUAGCUUUGCGGCAAAUUCGCGGCGAAAAAACAUAAGUAUGCAGCAAAAAUGUGAAUAACUACUACCAAAAGGAAACGACAGCAACAACAAAGCAGCAGCAUCAUCACACACACACACUCUGUUGUUGUUAUAUAAGUGUGUGUGUGCGCGUGCGGGUGUGUGUGCGUGCGUAGUAGUAAAAAUGUAGCAAAACAACAACUACGACUCGAAGAAAACCAACCGAAAAUAUGAGACAACGAAUCUAAGAAAAUUUUUGAUACCACGAUUUUUGUUAACAAAAAAAAAAGGAGACGAAACAAAGCAGCUGGCAAAGGCAGAGAGAGAAGCAAUUUGCCCAAAGAAAUAUACCACAAAAAGAAACAAGAGCGAGCGAGCGAAAGAGAGGGCGGCCAUCAUCCACCAAUACAAAUGAACAUGCUACACAGUUUCAGCGGCGGCAGCGCUGCCAGCGCCGCAGGCGACGCCAGCAGCGCGGAGACCGAACUGAAGGAGCGGCUGAUAGCCAGCGUGAAGAAGGAGGUGAAGCAGCUGAUGGAGGAGGCGGUGACCAAGAAGUACGUCCACGAGGAGAGCAGCUCGGUGACCUCGCUGUGCGGCGCAGUGGAGGCCUGUCUAAGUCACGGGCUGCGCCGUAGGGCUCUCGGGCUGUUCAAGACCUCCUCGACGACGGCGCUCAUCCAGAAGAUAGCCAAGAUCUGCCCGGAGGCGGACUACGUCAGUCGGCGGCUCCUGGAACUGGAACUGGCCCAGGAAUCGCAUGCGGUGAGCGGCAAGCGCUCCUCCUCCAGCAGCGACAGCAUCAUCAAGCCGAAGCUCCUCAGCAAGGGCAGCGGGAGCAGCAACUCGGUGACCACCAUCAACACGGUGGUCUCCAAUGGCGCCUCCUCUGGAAGUGGCACUUCGAUAGCCCCGCUGGGCAAGUACCUGUGGAUACGACUGGCCCUGCACGAGAAGCGGCUGGCCAAGAUCAUCGAGCAUUUGGUCAGCAAUGCCAGCAGCUACUAUGAUCGCGAGGCGCUGGUCGCCGAUCCGGACUACGGCUCCAUCCUCAGCUCCCUGCUGGUGGGUCCCUGUGCCCUCGAGUUCACCCGGGCCAAGACUGCCGACCACUACUGGUCCGAUCCCUGUGCCGAUGAGCUGGUGCAGCGGCACAGAAUCAGCUCGGGCAACCGGACGCCGCCCACCACCCACCGGCCCAUCAUCAACUUCAAGCGCAGCCUGCACACGAGCUCGGAGGACACGAGCAGCGGCUCCUUCAAGGCCUGCUCGCCGGCGAGCGUGGCCAAGGACUACGUGGAGUCGCUGCACCAGAACUCCCGCACCACGCUGCUCUACGGCAAGAACAACGUGCUGGUGCUGCCCAAGGACGUCUCGGAGCCGAUGCCCGGCUAUUUGAGCCUCCACCAGAGCAUCCAGUCGCUGACGAUCAAGUGGACGCCCAAUCAGCUGAUGAACGGCUACAACGACGGCGAUGGCGGCGACAAGAGCUUCUACUGGAGCUACGCUUUGAAUAUCAACGUGGACGAAAUCGUCUAUGUGCACUGCCAUCAGAAUCGCGGCGGCGACACUGGCGGCACCAUUAUCCUAGUGGGCCAGGAUGGCGUCCAGCGGCCUCCCAUUCAUUUCCCCGAGGGCGGACACCUGCAGGCGUUCCUGAGCUGCCUGGAAACGGGUCUCCUGCCGCACGGCAUGCUGGAUCCACCGCUGUGGUCGCAGCGCGGCAUUGGGAAGCUGUUCCCCUGGCCGAAGAGCGUGAGGCGACACCUGCUGCCGUCGGUCAGCGAGGCAGGAGCUCCGGCAAUGUCAGCCUCCGUCGACGAGACGCCCAUCGACUAUGUGUUCCGGGUGGUCAGCAAGUGCCAGCACGAGGAGUUCUUGGCCAGCCAUCCCAUUCUGGAGCUGGGACGCUCGAGUCCGCGGAGAAAGCAUUUGGGCAGCUGCUCCACCACCGGCAGCAGCGACUGCUCCAGCAAGAGCCUCUCCAUCGACCAGAGCAGCUGCGAGACGCCGCUCAUCCAGGCCAGCCAGAGCACCAGCAUCGAGCUGGUCUGCUCCACGAUGCGCCGCCAGAUCAUCUCGCGGGCCUUCUACGGCUGGCUGGCCUACUGCCGCCACCUCUCCACGGUGCGCACCCACCUGUCCGGACUGGUCAACGCUCGCAUCAUGCCCGAUCUGCCCGAGGAGGAGGGGCCUCUGAGCCGCGAGAAGUGGCUGGAGAUGCAGGAGGACGGCGUGGUCACCGGCGAAAUGGAGCUCCACCGGCUGGUCUACUUCCGUGGCGUGGAGCCCGAGCUGCGCAAGGAGGUGUGGCCCUACCUGCUGGGCCACUACGCCUUCGGCUCCACGCCGGAGGAGCGGAGGAAGCAGGACGAGACCUGCAAGCACUACUACGAGACGACGAUGAGCGAGUGGCUGGCGGUGGAGGCCAUUGUGCGUCAGCGGGAGAAGGAGAAGACGGCGCUGGCCGUGGCCAAGUUGAGUGCCGAACAGGCCCGCUUGGCGGCCAAUGCCACCGGCAGCUCCUCCUGCUCGAAUUCCCACCAGAAUCAAAUCCUCACCAACGGCAGUCGGCAAUUGGAAUUGGAGCAGCAGAAUGGCGGCGAGGAGGAACAGCUAAUCCUGGACGAGGGCGAGAACGAUGUGUUCGAUGACAAUGACUUUUCGGAUAUAUCCGAUCCGGGAGAUCUGUUCGAUGAGCCCGAAUUGGGUCAGGAAGCUGAGGAGGAGCAGGAGCAGGAGCAGGAGCAAAAUAAUCCCGAGGAGGAAGAGGAGGAGGCAAAGCAAGAGGAUCGCGAGAUUCCCCGUCUCAGCGAGCAACUGGUGCUGGAGUUUCAGAACAUGGAAGACAACCUGGAGCCACUGCGUCUGCAGGAGAACUGUUUCGCCGACUCCGAGAACGAAAACGAUCUGGGUUUGGGUCUGGACGGCAGCGGGAACAUCCUGAUGCUGAGCAUCAAGAGUUCCCCCUCGACGAGCAGCUACGAGACGGUGGGCAAUGAGUUCGUGGACAUGGUGGAGGCCAAGCUGGACGAGGAGGAGGAGGAGGCACCUCCAGGAGAGCUGAGCAAGUUCCACAGUGCCGACGACGUGCGGCUGGAUAACCAGGAGCAGGAGCAGCCGGCCACAGCGGUAAUCAUCACAGAGGCAGCCUCGCUGGACGCCCUCGACGACGAUCCCACCGAGGAGUUCACCUCGCGCAAGACCAGCCUGAUGUCGCCCCUCAACGAGGACAUCACGGUGGUGGCCUCCCUGGACGCCCUGCAGGAGCCCAAGUCCGCCUGCGUCUCGCCGGCCAGCUCCAAUGGCGGCGUCUACAGCGUGGAACUCCUCGAGCAGUUUGGCCUGAAUCUGCAUCGGAUCGAGAAGGAUGUGCAGCGGUGCGACAGGAACUACUGGUACUUCGCCAACGAGAACCUGGACAAGCUGCGCAACGUGAUCUCCACGUACGUGUGGGAGCACCUGGACGUGGGCUACAUGCAGGGCAUGUGCGACCUGGUGGCGCCCCUCCUGGUCAUCUUCGACGACGAGUCGCUCAGCUACAGCUGCUUCUGCAAGCUUAUGGAGCGCAUGAUCGAGAACUUCCCCAGCGGCGGGGCCAUGGACAUGCACUUUGCCAACAUGAGAUCCCUCAUCCAAAUCCUCGACUCGGAGAUGUACGAACUGAUGGACUCGAAUGGCGACUACACGCACUUCUACUUCUGCUACCGGUGGUUCCUGCUCGACUUCAAGAGGGAGUUAAUCUACGAUGAUGUAUUCGCAGUUUGGGAGGUCAUCUGGGCGGCGAAGCACGUGGCCUCGAGUCACUUUGUCCUGUUUUUGGCCCUGGCCCUGCUGGAAACCUAUCGCGACAUCAUCCUCUCAAACAGCAUGGACUUUACCGAUGUCAUCAAGUUCUUCAAUGAAAUGGCCGAACGCCACAAUGCCCCUUCGAUUCUACAGCUGUCCAGGAAUCUGGUCCUCCAGCUGCAGACCAUCAUCGAGAACAAGUAGACAUCAAGAGAAGAGCCAUCCAUCAGUCAUCCAUCGUCAGUUCCUGGAGACCUCAGUUCCCGAUCAGUAUUGAGCAUACGAUGUACUAAGUAGCUAGCACCUAGAGCAUAGAACCGUAGAAUCGGAGUUAGAAAGCGCUUGGGGAUAUAUAACCGAAAGGCAGAUAGCAUAUAGCAUAUACCCUAUACCAUAUACCAUAUAUAUCCCGUAUAACAUAUAACAUACCUGCACCCUAGAGAUUGCAAUUAGCUGAGGUUUUUUGGGAGGAGGCUUCCCGUAAUCCGCAAUGGUUUUUUUUUUUGGAAACGGCUGGGAAUCGCUUAAAGAAAUUUAACAAAAUUAAGAAAAUUGUAGUGACCUGAAAAACAAAGAAAAAAAAAAGAAAACGAAGAGAGAAAAUCAAGUGGAAAUCGAACAACGUAAAAGAUUAACUAUUUAUACUUAUACAAUAUACAUGCAUAUACCGAUUAUACUAUAUAUACAGGCAGUUGCAUAUUUAUACGUUUUGUAUAUUCGAGAGACCCGGGGGGUGGAUCACGUACAUAUAUGGAUAUUGUAUUAGAUAUCGUCUAUAUAUGGCAAUGCUGUGCGGCUGCGACUGCGGCCAACUGUUGUUAAUGUUAUGUUAUCGAUUUGGCCAGUUAUCACAUAUAUAUUAUAUACAUAUUGAAAGAAUUUCGGGGGGAAGAGGCGUGGAAAGCUCUAAAAUUCAGUAAAAUUGUGGUUCAAUUAUAAGAACUUAAGAACUGUUUAAAGAUUUCAAAAGAUUACAACUUUAGGAGAUUUAAAAUCAGUUUUCAGGGAAUUUCAAAUCCAUAGUGAUAUAAUAUCUCCGAUUUCCGAUAGGAAAGUACAUUUUUAAAAUAUGAGAAGUUUUUCAAGGCCCAACCCUGAAUCGAAUUGCAAUUGUUCGCUUGGUCUGCUUGUGUUUUCUCCCAUUUUUCCUUUGUAGCUGCAAGCGUUGAGAAAACAUUUUGUACUCGAGUUGCCCGACAGGUGGAUCCUGGGGUUAUAUCUCUGUAGGUAAAUCGAACAAUUGCCGAGACACACACACACGAAUCGAAUCGAAUCGAAUCCCAAUAAACCCACAAAAAUACAUAUGUUACGAAAUUAUUGUUGACGGCUGCGAAACGUUGAGUUUGUUUGUAUUAGCAGAAUUAAUAUGCAACCCAAUAUAUAUAUAUGGAUAUAUAUAUUACAAACUAAUAUUUAUACAAAUAUUAACCCAAAGCAUAGAUAUAGAGAAAAAACGGAAUGUGUUAGCCGUGUAUUGUUAUAAUCGAACCCGAUUCGUUGCUAUUCUCAGGCAAACUACAUACAUAGUUUCUAUCCGGUUUUUCGUUGUUUUUUGGUAAGUGCAGGCGCACCAAAAAUCCCUCCACUGGGCUUAUAUACAACUUAUAUUAUAUAGAACUAUAUAGAGCAAACACUUUGUGUGGAAUCUAAGUUAAUGCGAGCAGCACGCUUUUUGUGUAUGGAAAAAAAAACGUCGAAAAGGAAAAACCAAAAAAAUACUUAAUGUGAUUUCUUGUUGCUUCUUUGAAUAUUGAUAUUUUUGUAAGCGCUAAAAACGUAUACAUAUAUAUAUAUAUACACAUAACGAAAGAGAAGGAGAUGGCAGAUGGCAACAGAAAGAGACGCCUAGCGCGGAGGAGAAAGAGAGGGGAGAUAUAUUUUACACUUGGCUGGGGAAAACAAAAUAGGCGGGGGAUAGCGAAAGUCAGUCGAGUCCAACCAAAAUUUUGGCCACACUUUUGAUACACAUAUUCGACAGAAGAUCAACUGAUCCACCACGAGAAAAAAUAAGAAAAACGAAUUAAAAACCCGAAGAGCAAGGCAGGAACUCUCGCUAUAUUAUAUUGUAUCGUAAUCAAGCUAAGCUACCAUAUAUAUAUAUAUAUAUACCUAUAUAUAUAUGUAUUUAUACCCGUCUGUGUAGAGACGCCACCUAUAGAGCCCCCGAGCAUAUAGAAUAUUACGUUACCCACGAUUGUAACCACAACAUAUAGCAUACGCAUGAAUAUUACGAAUAUCCUAUGUUUCAAGCGAAGGAAACCACAUGAAAGCCCAAAAAACAAAGAACCGAUCAAUGUAUAAUUUACCGAAACAAUGUCGAUGAAAACAAAAUAAAAGGAAUUAUGUAAAAUGUUUACAAGAAAGCAAUUGGCAUAUUUUUUUAGGUUUUAAGGUUUAUAUUUUGAUUAAAUUUAUUUUAACAGUAUGAUUGAAAUGUGGAGAAAAGUCUUGGGAUAUUUACUGCAAGUACAAGCCAUUAU